GCAGUAUCAUGAGAAGAAGAUUGUAAGGCUUUUGUGUUUUAUCAUUGUUAAUUUAUGUAUUUUUUCUUAUCAAUAAUUGUAGCAUUUGAAUAUUUUAUCUCUAGCUUCGACACUAAAUCGUAUAUCGUGUUUUAAAGGAUAGGUUUCAAGUAAGAAGCUUGAUGGCGUGACAACUUGCGUUGUCAGAGGGUAGCCGGGUAGAAAAUCGAAAAAAGUAGACAUUCCAGUUUAAAGAAAAUCGCACCCUGCUUUCCGAAGAAAACAGGGAAAAUAAGGUAAAAUUUAAAUCAACACCGAAAAAAAGCUGAAAGAAAAUGAUAUCAUUCUUUUUGUAGAGCCCAGAUAGAGGCAAUGAAAACUUUGUUCACGGCCUAAAAAAGCUAAUCCCAACCCCUCUCCCCAAUGUUCAAAUUUUUGCCUCUCGUUGCAAUGAUUGAAAUGCUGUGGCGUUACGAAGAGUGAAGUUCAAGUAUUGUAUUUAAAUAAUACCCCGAAGGAUACAGUCAUUUUGCACAGUAAGAACGAGCAUAAUUUAGCUAUGAGUUUUAUUUCUGACUACUGGAUUCUUGUCGCAUCCGCAACUGCAACAAUCGUCAUUUGUAAGCUGAUUAUUCGCCUUAUCAAGAAAUUCCGUGAGGAGAGGCAGCUGGCUACGUUCCCCUCAGCUCCUAGUCACUGGUUCACAGGACACCUCCACUACGUCAAAAAUCAUGAUGGUACAACUCUUCAAUUCCAUGUCAGAUGUGCAACUGAGUUCAAAACAUGCUAUAUUAUGCGAAGGGGUCCUCUCCUGACAGGACUUGUAUUGUGUCAUCCUGACGCAAUCAAGGUUGUUCAGACCAGUAGUGCUCCAAAAGCACCUACUUAUGAAUUUAUUAAGCCAUUCUUUGGGAAUGGACUGGUUGCUGCAAAUGGGAACAAGUGGUUUAGAAUGAGACGACUUCUCACUCCAGCGUUUCACUUUGAGAUCCUCAGGUCAUACGUUCAAAUUUUUCAGGAUUCUACAAAUACUCUUUUAGAGAAGUGGUUGUCACUGGAGAGCGAAGAAGUGGAAUUAUUUCACCACUUAAGUCUCAUGACACUGGAUUCCAUUCUCAAAUGUGCCCUUAGUUAUGAAACUGACUGUCAGACACAAGAAGAAGCUACUUCCUAUAUCAGAGCAGUAUAUGAUGCAUCUGAUGAGGUUCUCAACAGAUUGAUGAAUCCUUUAUUGCAUUCGGACAUAAUUUAUAAAAUGACGGCUGGUGCCAAACGAUACUCUGAAGUAUGCGCUGUAACCCAAGCCAAGGCGAAGGAGGUCAUCAGAGAAAGGAGAGCAACUUUACAAGAUAGUGUCGAACAAGAGAAAUUGAAGAAAAGAAGAUACCUGGACUUUCUGGAUAUCCUUUUGGCAGCCAGGGACGAAAGUGGAAACGCUUUGACUGAGGAAGAAAUCACUUCAGAAGUUAUGACUUUCAUGUUUGCGGGACACGAUACCACUGCGAGCUCUAUUUCAUGGACACUAUACAAUUUAGCAAGAUUCCCCGAACAGCAAGAAAAAUGCCGAGAAGAGAUAGAUGCAGUGCUUGGGAGUAAAGAAGAGUUUGAAUGGAACUGCAUUGGACAAAGUUUUGCUCUUGCUGAAUUGAAAACUACAGUGGCAAUGAUCUUACGAAUGUUUGAACUCAGUGUUGCCCCUCAGAACAUCAUACAAGACUACGAAGAUCUUCAGCCUCACUUGAUUCUCCGAGCAAAAAAUGGCAUCGUUGUCAACAUUUCGCCAAGAAGUAGCUCUUGAUAAAGGACAGUUGUUGACCAGACACGAUAAAUUGCGGAGACGAGGGUUAUGAAGGAGGCAACUCAGCAUUUGGUCAGGAUAUAAAAGAUAUUUCUUCGGUACAUUUAAUGGGAGACAAAUGUACUUUAUUUUCCCAUAUUGAAAAUUAUAUUUUACAAGUUACACUUACAUUCUUACAAGAAUGAAGAUAAGGAAGCUAUAGCGUCUAAAAUAACUUAUCUUUAGAGUGUGUCAGAACUUUAGAGAAUGUCAAAAAGAUGGCGAAAGAUGAAAUAAGGCGAAACAACUCCGUUUAUAAUAUACGUUAGAGAACAAUUUUGUGGUGUUAUUGUUGUUUGUUCGGUUUUUUUAACGAUUUCAUUCCCGAGAGUGAGUAGCCCCAUAGUAUCAACGUCUUGUCAAGCAGAAAGAUAACGAGGCAAAAGAAGAACAUUAGUUAACCAACACUUCCCAUAUUCGCUAUCUGACGAAGGGCUAACGCUCAGCUUUACAAACACUUAACGGUGGCCAGUUUAAACUAACAACUCAAUCGAUAAAACCAAAUUAUUUCGGAAUACCACCCCCUUACCGACGCAACGGCACUACCACUAUCUCUAGACACUUACCCCCUUUUAUCAAUCAAGGAGCACUGUUUAACUUGACACCAAUUUCUCAGACGUCAUGUUUAAAUGAGAAUAAGGUGCACUGUAAGGAGCGCUCACUGUGCGAGAUUUGUGAGGUAAAUGUUAUCUAAGUUAAGCGAUUGAAAUGUCUGGCUAACCUCGGUUUUCACGAUGCUUAGCUGAUAGCGCUGAACAAAUGUUUUAGCUAAAAGUUGUUUAAAACUUUAAUUUAAGAGUUUUUAUAGGCGACAAGGGCUCUGCUUUAAAACGGGGGCCAUUAGUGCGAAACCUAUGAUAUGAAAAUGAUAUUUUAUCCUUAUGCGCAUAAAACUCUUUUUUUAUACAAAUUAUGAGGGUUCUCUUCAUUGUGAAUGUGAAGGGUUUUGGAAUUCCAAGGAGGCCUUUUAUUUUUUUAGGUUGUGUGAAAAAGGAGGAAGUUUUCUUUCUUUCAAACUUGACUUUUUAUCAUUAUUAUUAUUAUUAUUUUAUAGUGUGGAUUGGUAUAAACUGGAAUGACACAGUCAGAGAAAUAGUGAUUUUAAUGCAAAUUGUUUUCAUUAUUUUAAAAAGCGUUAAAUGAAAAACGGUUAAAUAUGAAAUCAAAUAUAUUAUUAACGUAUUUUUUUAUCUCUCAGAAUUCAUAUUUUGUUUCGUGAGUUAAUAUUUACAGAGGUGAGUUUGUUGUGAUUUAUCUAGUAUUAACUAGAAUGUGUUUUUCAGGUUAACUUAUUAGAGAUAUAAGAGACAUAUGCUUGAUGUUUAUUGUAAAUAAUAGUUCUAAUUGAUUUGAAGGCACUUCUUUCAAGGCAAAGCUGUCCAAUUGCAUAAAUUUGAUUUGCAGUACCUUUAUUUCAUUUUAGAAAAAGUAUGCUCAAGCUUUAUCUUCGCUCUUGAUAAGACCAUGUAAAAAAUUUACUAUUCAUCACCUCAAGAGAGCUGCACUAAUUAAAAGUAAAACGUAA